CAGGUUUUGUUUUCAGACAGGCUACCAGGAGUCCUGGUUUAUCUCUAACUGACUGUGUGUCUGAGGCCCCUUGAAUGCCUCUGGGUCCUCCUCCCCACCUAACAAGUGCUGGGAUUACAGAUUUCAGCUCAGUUACUUAUGGCUUCCCCUAAAAUUGCUUCCCUCUCUUGGGGACAGAUGAAAGUGCAAGGCUCUACCUUAACCUAUAAGGAUUGCAAAGUGUGGCCAGGAGGCAGUCGGGCUUGGGAUUGGAGAGAAACAGGAACUGAGCAUUCUCCUGGGGUGCAGCCUGCAGAUGUAAAGGAAGUUGCCGAGAGGGGUGUGCAGACUCUUGUGAUUGGCAGAGGCAUGAGUGAGGCCUUGAAGGUGCCUCCAUCCACUGUGGAGUACCUGGAGAAGCAGGGCAUUGAUGUGCGGGUCCUCCAGACAGAGCAGGCAGUGAAGGAGUACAAUGCUCUGGUUGCCCAAGGGGUAAGGGUGGGAGGCGUUUUCCACUCCACCUGCUGAUGGGCCC